AUGGACAAGUUGAAGAUUCAACAGAAGUCGCGCACUGCGCGCAACAGGCUUGCUGAAGCUGUAUCGCGAGGAAAUGGCACCGGUUCCCUUGCUGUUCCCCCUUCGACACUUGCGAUCAACGACAACGCUAGCACGACCGGCGUGAAUGAAGGCUUCCCAGGCCAGUCCGCUGCACGCGACUUUGCAGUUCCAGAACGCGUACCGGUACCACAGCCAACCAUUGAGCCUCCGACAUCUCUGCAAUCCUCAGUAGACGCCGGCAAGCGCGUGCCUGUGCCUCCGCCUAAAGAUGUUCGAACGCCAACGAAACGAGGCAUUGGUAUUCGGCGGAUGCCUUCCUCAGCCACAAUAAACCAAUAUGCACAAGCCACGGAUCCUUCUUCACAGCGAGUCAGUCAACCUCUAGACACCUUAGAAGAAGGCCGGGAACUUGGAAGGACGCCAUCGAAAUCAACUGAUUCGACACUCACCCAACCUGAACUCAGUAGGCUGAGGAAGGUCAAGAGCGCCAUACAGACGAGAGUGCCGUUCUGGAACAGCCCUAGCAGCAAGGAGAAGGAGUCUCCCGAGCCCCUUGAUCCGUCUACCCAGGGGUCUGCAGAUGUAGGGAUGGACUACACAUCUGGGAUGGUAGAUGUAUUGGAUACGAUUGAUCCUGAGGUUGCGACUUUGACAUCUUUGACCAACUUGCAGAACUCAUUGUUCGUGCCCAACUUGCCCUUCUUCAAUCGGCGACCGACCUACAACCUGCGACGUGCUCCGAGUGAGACUGCAAGUCUCGAAGAGAUCAACCGCAUCCUGGGUCCAGCGCACGCAGCUCAAGCCGAAGCACAACUGCAGCCACCUCCUAGGUUGCAGCGCACAGAGACUGAGGGCACAACAACCACUCUGGCGACAAUCGAUUCGCAACUGAGCGACUCUCGGUAUGCUGUUCUUCCGCAUGGCACUUCCCUGGAAGGCUGGAGCAAGCAAGACAAGGCAGAGGUGAACGACCAUGUUCGACACAUGCUUCACUCGAAGCGCUCGAAGUUCAAGCGCACAAUGAGAGGUUUCGGUCAGUAUGUCAAAAGACCCUUAGGCUUCUUGGUCACGCUGUAUGCCACGCUCAUCACCCUCUUCGGUCUUGCAUGGGUGCUGUUCCUGAUCGGUUGGAUCAAUGUUGGAGGUCAACAAAUCUACGUGGUCCACAUCAUCGACAGUGUCCUGGUAGCUCUCUUCGCCAUCGUUGGAGAUGGUCUUGCUCCUUUCCGAGCCAUCGACACGUACCACAUGAUCUACAUCGCUCACUACCACCACUACACAUGGUCUCGCAGAAAGAAGGACAUGCUUCCAGCGCUACACGAUCAGAACGAUCUUCCAUCUGGCAAUGCACCCAUUACUGGACCGCGCAUGACUGACCCUGAGGAUCCCGAGAAGCAGUGGGAGUUCACUGUCCUGACACCUAAGCAACAGGAGAAGCUCGAGCAUCACCAAGAGAAGUUCUGCAAGUCGCAUUCAUUCUACAAGCCUCAUGAGACCGAGACGCACUACGCCUUCCCACUUCGUUUCCUGGUUGCCAUCGUGGUACUUCUGGACUGUCACUCGCUUCUCCAGAUCUCACUCGGAGCCACCACAUGGGGCAUCUACUACAAGAACAGACCAUUCGCCAUCACCACCGUCAUCCUGAUCUGUUCCAUCACCUGCAACGCUACCGCAGGUCUACUCAUCUGGCUUGGCGAUAAGCGCACUAGGAAGACGGAUGUGCUCGAGCGCAUGAAUAGACAAGAUCUGACCGAGGAAGCCAUCCAGAAGGUUGAGAAGAAGAAGGAGCGCGAGAGCGAGAGCGAAGGAGAUGAGCUCACUAAGAAUGAGCGGAAGGGGCGCAUGAGCCUUGAUAUGAUCAGGAAGAAGACACAGGGCAGCAGCAGCGAGAAGAGUGGAAAGCGUGGUGAGCCACAGCCGACUGCGCAGAACCCGUACCCUUGAGGGUCAACGAUUUGCAUAUGCCUUUCGAUUUAAUCUUUUGCAGCGUUUUAGCGGAUACCAUUUAUCUCCUGGCUACAACAUAGCAUUUUCUGGACGUUUAAUGAACGAUAUACAAUUUGAUGCCCUUCGGAUGGUUGCGUGUUCUCUUGUUUACACUCGGAA